GGCGACAUGAUGAUCUCACGCGAGGAGGUCGAGCGCCUCGGGAUGCCGCUCGACUCGCUCAAGGUUACCGACCCCAAGACGGGCAAGGUCGGCUACCGGGCGGCCAUCGAGGUCUUCCACCAGCUGCACUGCCUGAACCUGCUCCGCCAGUUCACCUGGAAGGACUACUACGUCAACGAAGGCGGCGACAUUAGCGCCGACCCGGAAGACGUCAGGGGGCACGUCGACCACUGCCUGGAGACGUUGCGGAUGAACCUCAUGUGCCAGGCCGACGUCGGCGUCUUCACCUUCCGCGUGUACCCGGAGCUGGGCGACGACGACCCGUGGCCCGACUUCUCGACGAUGCACACGUGCCGCAACUUUGACGAGAUCCGCGAUUGGGCCCGCUCCCGGGCCGUCACCUGGGACGACAACGCCUGAAUGUGAGCGAGCAAUUAGGUGGUACAUAUACGCAGACCCAUACAUGCCUGAUCAAAGAGAGGCAGUUGAGUAUCACUUACCUAUAAUUAUUAUCAGCUACAAAACAAAACAAUUUGAAAGAAAAAUGAAGGCCAGAGAAAACAAGGAAUAAAAAUCGA